AUGCAGCCACCUCCCGACAAGGACCCCCAGGUGGAGCAGGCCCUCCUGACGCUGGAUUUAGUCCCCCCGGCCACUUCCCAGCCCCGGGACCGGGUUCUGUCCUGCCAGAGGUCCUGUGCGUGGGUCUCGCAGCGAGUGGCUUUCCGGCCCCGGUCAGGCUACCCCAGGUCUCAUCAGCCUCGCCUGGGAGCUCGCAUGUAUCGGGUUCAUUGUUCAUCACCUGGCGUGUCCCCUCGAAGGAAUGUGUCUCACCAGCUGACGGACGUGCAGUUGCCUCCAGUCCCCCAGGUGUACGUGCGGCUGCAGCUGCGGGCUUCGUCCUGGCCCCGGGUGAACGGUGGCUUCAGACAGCUUUUCAGUUCCCCGGAUCAUGAGCUCACCCUCCCGGAAGGUGAGCUUAAAUUCAGAGACGCGGGUCCUUCUCCGAGUCUGGGGAAUUACAUGCCAGUGGUCAGAAUCCUCCAUUUUCGCGCGGUCUCACGGCGCUUUGAAAAGCCGCGCCCUGCGUUGCGACGGGAAGCGGACGCCGCUCUGCGGCUGUCGGUGAAGGUCCUUGUCUGCGAGCGCUGUCGGCGCGGCCUGUGCCCACCCUCCGCUGCGGAGGAGCGGGAGGCGCGGCGCUGCGCGGUGGUGGUGGCGGCGCAGCCGGGCCCGGGGAGCCCGGGAGCUGGCCGGGUUCCAGGGCGGCUCCGCCUGCAAAUCCUCAGGCGGAGCAGCGCGGCUGACGCCUGCCUCAGCGGGUCCGUCUUCCACGCGGACGCGCAGGCAACAACUCGGGAAGACACAGUAAAGAUUCCACUGCUGUGCGUUACGCUGGGCAGGCCCUCGGCAGCCGAGUGCGGACGGCCCAGCCGUCGGUGCUGGCCGUGCGGGCGAGCUCUAGGCUCCCCUGGCCUCACUGCCCUGACCCCACUGUCUCCGCAGACCAAAACCGGGACCGCACUGCUGUGCGACCCAGGGUCUGGACACGCCUACGACGUCCGGCUGAAGCUGACGGAAGAGGUACUGACAGUUCAAAAGCAAGACGUCCUGUGUCAUGGUGGACAUCACAGGCCCAGAGACCACAGAACGGUUACACUUCGCCGACAGCCCAGGGGCGGCUUGGGCCUGAGCGUAAAGGGAGGCUCGGCGCACAGAGUCCCUGUCGUCAUAUCGAAAAUAUUGAAAGACCACGCAGCUGACCGGACGGGCAUGCUGUUUGUGGGGGACGCCGUUCUGCAGGUUAAUGGCAUUCAUGUGGGAAAUGCAACCCACGAAGAAGUGGUGCGUCUUUUGAGGAAUUCUGGAGAAGUGACCGUCACUGUUGAGUAUCUCAGGGAAGCACCGGCAUUUCUGAAGCUCCCAUUAGGCCGCACAUUUUGCUCGGGCAUCUGUCAGGGUCUCCUUCGCCAUCACAUCCAGCAGCGUCUGAUUCCCACGGCCCGGCCUUCGUGGGGCCAGGACACCGGUGUGCUGCCUCGCCUGGAGCCAGCGGAUGGGAACCUGCGUCUCUGGGAGCUGCCCGCACCCGAUUCUGGCCAGGAAACAUUCGGCGGGGCCGCCCCGUCCUCACCUUCCUCGCUCGCAGGUGAUGAACCGAAGUAUGAGAAGCGCUGGCUGGACGCCCUGUCGCUGCCCCCAUCCGUGGCCCGGAUCUCGCGGUGCAGAGCGGGGGCGGAAGGGCUGAGGCCCUCCGUCCAGGCGGGUUCCGCGUGUGCAAAAGCAGCAACAGUCAGUGAUGACGGCAACACCAGACCUACCCGAGGUCCUGACACGGGCUGGCUGAGCGCUGGGUUUGCCCUGGUGACUGCGGACGGGGUCACCUCCGCCCCCUCCGGUCGCCCCCUCUGGAUCCGAGGGGCCCCCUCCAGCGUCUCCGCUCUUCCCGCAGGUCCGGCGCAUUCAAGGUGCUGGCCCCAGACAGGGCAGCACGGGCUCCUGCAGUUUCACACAGCCCAGGACGGCGCUGACUGGCUCAGGGCCGUGUCAGCAAACAUCAGCCACCGGACGCUGCAGGACGUGAGAAUGGUGAAUGCGUGCUGUUCUCCUGGUGACCAGGUUGUGCACAUGGGGUGGGCCAGCAAGAGGCUGGACGGGGCUGGCUCCUCUCAGACCUUCAGACCCAAGUUCCUGGCCCUGAAGGGCUCGUCCUUCCGCGUCUUCGUGGCUCCUCCUGAAAGCAUGCCCUGGAGGGCCUGGGAGGUGAGCAUGUUAGACUGGGGCCGAGCGGCAAAAACCUAUGACCUCUGUGAGGUGCUAUUUAAAGUUCACCAGCUCUGGCUUCCGGACGACAGCUGGGCACCGGCUGCCCUCUCCCUGGGCCUUGGGGGCCCUGAUGGCCAGGACCACGGGCCCUACUGCUUCAGCAUCCUCGGUGGCCACGGCGCAAGCCACGUGUUCAGCGUGGGGCUGGGGAGCGAGCUGGCCGCGUGGGAGAGGUCCUUCCAGAGGGCCGCCUUCCUGGAGGUGCAGAGGGCCGGGUCCAAAACGUACCUGUGCAGCUGGCGGGGAGACGCCCUGUGCUUCACGCUGGACUUCGCGCUGGGAUUCACCUGCUUCCCAAAGAUGAGCAAGGACGUGCUCUGGAGAUUUAAGUUCUCUCAGCUGAGGGGAUCUUUGGACGACGGGAAAACCUGGGUAAAGCUGCUGUUUGAGAAUCUGGGCACCAGGCAGAUCGAGAUGAAGGAACUCGAGUUUCAGGACCUGACGGCUGUUCUGCAUUGCAUCCACGCCUUCAUAGCAGCAAAGGUGGCCUCGCUGGACCCCGUAUUUAUAGACAGUCAGAGCAUCGCAAGAAAAUACAUGAACAGCACUUAACCAGUGCUUCUGUUGAGGGCUCAAAAUUAUUUUCUUCAGAAAGGACUGUUUCCUGCACACUGUUGCCCCUUUGUGUGACUUUAUGAUGAUCCCAUAGUUGUGACACCAGUAAAUAUGUCACUAGUUUCCAGAGACGGCGCAGCCUCGUUCAGUCUGACGGGGCGUGCAGCGAAGCUGCCGAAAGCU